CAGACCGAGUCCAAGUAUGUAAGCUAGCCUAGCGUUACCAGCAACCCAACGCUCGAGAAACACGCUCAUUCUCCAUCCAAUGUCAACAUUCGCAGAGGCUGCUUCCACUUCUUCCGCUCGAUUGCAGUCGGUCUGUAAGUUGAAGGUCAAGGUGGAGGCCGUUAUUUGAUGCGAAAGGGUGUAGAUCUGUGUCUGUGCCUACCGAGAGCGAGAUAGACUCUUACUAACACACAAGAUGGAGUGCCAAUGGAAACCCGACGAGCAGGGACUUCAGCAGAUUUUACAGCUGCUCAAGGAAUCACAGUCCCCUGACACAUCCACGCAACGAUCAGUCCAACAAAAACUUGAGCAGCUCAAUCAAUACCCAGACUUCAACAACUACUUGAUAUUUGUGCUCACAAAGCUGGAGACCGAAGAUGAGCCUACUCGCUCUCUCAGUGGUCUCAUUCUUAAGAACAAUGUUAAGGCCCAUUACCAGAACUUCCCUAAUGGUGUCUCGGACUUCAUCAAAAAUGAGUGUCUGCAAAACAUUGGAGACUCCUCACCGCUCAUUAGAGCCACAGUGGGUAUUCUGAUCACAACCAUAGCCUCUAAAGGGGAGUUACAGAACUGGCCAGAGCUUCUGCCUGAACUCUGUUUACUACUGGACUCGGAGGACUAUAACACUUGUGAAGGGGCUUUUGGAGCUCUGCAAAAGAUCUGUGAAGACUCUGCCGAGAUCCUGGACAGCGACAUGCUGGACCGGCCGCUCAAUGUGAUGAUCCCAAAGUUCCUGCAGUUCUUUAAACACAGCAGCCCCAAGAUCAGAUCUCAUGCCAUUGCCUGUGUGAAUCAGUUCAUCAUCAGUAGAACACAAGCCUUGAUGCUGCACAUAGAUCCUUUCAUUGAGAACCUUUUUGCACUAGCUGGUGAUGAGGAGCCAGAAGUGAGAAAGAAUGUGUGCAGGGCUUUAGUCAUGCUUUUAGAAGUCCGACUAGACCGUCUCCUUCCUCAAAUGCACAACAUCAUUGAGUACAUGUUGCAGAGGACACUGGACCAGGAUGAGAAUGUAGCUCUGGAAGCUUGUGAGUUCUGGCUCACACUUGCUGAGCAACCUGUGUGUAAGGAGGUUCUGUCUGGACACCUCCCCAAGCUGACACCCGUCCUUGUCAAUGGAAUGAAAUACUCAGAGAUUGACAUAAUCUUGCUGAUGGGUGAUGUUGAGGAGGAUGAAGCCAUCCCAGACAACGAGCAGGACAUUCGUCCAAGGUUCCAUCGCUCACGCACAGUUGCUCAACAACACGAGGGUGGAGACUCCAUUGAGGAGGAGGAGGAUGAUGACGAUGAUUUGGAUGAUGAUGAAACUAUCUCAGAUUGGAAUUUAAGAAAAUGUUCUGCAGCUGCACUGGAUGUCCUGGCGAAUGUUUUCAGAGAUGAUCUGCUGUUGCACAUUCUUCCUCUACUGAAAGAACUGUUGUUUCAUCCAGAGUGGCUUAUCAAAGAGUCUGGCAUACUUGUACUGGGAGCCAUCGCUGAAGGCUGUAUGCAGGGAAUGAUCCCAUACUUGCCCGAGUUGAUUCCUCAUCUGGUACAGUCCCUGUCUGAUAAGAAGGCACUGGUUCGUUCCAUCACCUGCUGGACUCUGAGCCGUUACGCACACUGGGUGGUGAGCCAGCCCCCCGACACCUACCUCAAACCCCUCAUGACUGAACUGCUUAAACGCAUUCUGGACAGCAACAAGCGUGUCCAAGAGGCUGCCUGCAGUGCCUUUGCUACCCUUGAGGAGGAGGCGUGCACUGAGCUAGUGCCAUAUCUUGCUUAUAUUUUGGACACAUUGGUCUUUGCUUUCAGUAAAUACCAGCAUAAGAACCUGCUCAUCCUCUAUGAUGCCAUUGGCACUCUGGCUGACUCUGUGGGCCACCAUCUCAACAAACCAGAAUAUAUUCAGAUGCUGAUGCCUCCAUUGAUUCAAAAAUGGAACCAGCUAAAAGAUGAAGAUAAAGACCUCUUUCCUCUGUUAGAGUGUCUCUCGUCUGUGGCCACUGCCCUUCAGAGUGGCUUUCUGCCAUACUGUGAACCUGUCUACCAGCGCUGUGUUAACCUGGUCCAGAAAACACUUGGCCAGGCAGUGCUAUACCAGUCUCAGCCUGAGUUCUGUGAAGCUCCUGAUAAGGAUUUCAUGAUCGUGGCUUUGGAUCUGCUCAGUGGAUUAGCAGAAGGUCUCGGCGGGAACAUUGAACAGCUGGUUGCCCGCAGCAACAUUCUUACUCUCAUGUAUCAGUGCAUGCAGGAUAAAAUGCCAGAGGUACGGCAGAGUUCAUUUGCCUUGUUGGGAGAUUUGACCAAAGCAUGUUUCCAGCAUGUCAAACCUUGCAUUGCUAAUUUCAUGCCUAUAUUAGGAACAAACCUGAACCCAGAAUUGAUAUCGGUAUGCAACAAUGCAACAUGGGCCAUUGGAGAAAUAUCUAUUCAAAUGGGUUCUGAAAUGCAGCCAUAUGUCCCAUUGGUUUUACAACAGCUUGUGGAGAUCAUUAACAGACCCAACACACCCAAGACUCUGCUGGAGAAUACAGCAAUAACAAUUGGUCGUCUUGGUUACGUUUGUCCUCAAGAGGUGGCACCCAUGCUACAGCAGUUUAUAAGACCCUGGUGCACCUCUCUUCGUAAUAUAAGAGACAAUGAAGAAAAAGACUCGGCCUUCCGGGGAAUCUGCACCAUGAUCACAGUCAACCCUGGAGGUGUGGUGCAGGACUUUAUAUUUUUCUGUGAUGCUGUAGCAUCUUGGAUGAACCCAAAAGAUGAUCUUCGAGAAAUGUUCUAUAAGAUCUUGCAUGGGUUUAAGAACCAGGUUGGAGAUGAGAAUUGGAAACGCUUUUCUGACCAGUUUCCCCUUCCACUCAAAGAGAGACUUGCGGCCUUCUAUGGGGUCUAGAUGUUGCUGGGUUGAAAAGUUUAUUCACUAUGGGAGAGGAUGGGAGCCUCUAAUACCCAGGGCACCUGUUGUCCUUUACCUGGGGGGAAGGGUGGUCUAGCAGGGGUGGGAACCAUACAGCCCACUGGACCCCUCUAGAUGGGGUGGGAGGGAGGUGUAAGCUGUGGCGCUAGUCGACGUAACCACGCCAAGCCAAACCAAAACAAAACAGGGAGGAACGUUUUUUCAUCAUGUCAUAACAAUCAGCCAUGAGGGUGAAUACAAAAUACAUUGUUAGCAUUCAUUCACCAGGGAACUUAAUGUAACGGGACAUCCAGGGGAUAAAAGACAGUGACAUGAAGAUAUGUGUAAACUCUGUAGUGUUGCACUCCUAGGUCUGAUGUAGGAAGGUAUCUGAAAAAAAUUAUCUGAAAGUUUAAAACAAAGAGGUUUCAUUUAUUUGAUGAAUUGUACAAGAGGGGUGGGGUGGGACUUAAAUCUAAACUGGAUGCUAAACUUAAGUCCUACGCAUGGGGAGAAAAAGGGUGUAGCUUGACUGCAUGAAAGUGUGCAGACAGUGUUUUGUGUGCCAACUAUGCUCGGCAGUAGAUGGCAAAUAUUUAAAGGCAGUAAAUGCUAAAUAUUUACCAUAUUUUAGACCCUAUCUGAAAGGUAACAACUUUGUAACAUAACCGUAGAAGUGUAAGGUCUCUGAAUGACUUGAUAUUUUUUUAUUUUUUUUUUUUGUCUUGGUAAAUUAAGUUAGCAUGUAUAAAGCAAGAAGAAAGACUCCAUUGUAGCACAGCUCAGUGAAGAUGUUUGAAUCAAAUCCAUUGCACUGUACAAGGCUUUCAUAUUCAUACACUAUCUCUGUUUAGUGUGAAUGAAUGUCAAGUCUCACUUACUAGAUUACUGUGUGGUUUGACAUCGAUCCAAACUAGUCAGUGAAUCCUGAACACACUUUUUUUCUUUUUUAGACAUAAUACAUCAUCGACUUCUUUUUGCUUAGUUUGCUCAGAGCAUGAUUUUGAAAAUGCUGUUAAUAUCUGUUUUGACUGACUAGUGGUUAAUCUGGAUAUUUAGUUGUUUGAUUUGUGCAUAUUGGUGGCCCAAUGAGCAAUCUAUUUUUCUAGCCCUGCAUUCAGACAUGUUUAAUAAUGUUUUUACCACCCUUACACAACAGGUUAUAUUCAUUUUGUGAUUUAAUUUUACCUUCUCCUGCAUGAAAUGCAAAAACGUCCUGCAUUGUGUUGUCAAAUCCUGGAAAAUCCAGUGCUUGUGGAGGUACUUGUGUCCCUCAUGUGCAUAGUAGCAAGCCUUAAAAUGCCUGAAUGUAUCCCAGAAUGUGAGGAUUUAGAGGCUACUGUUUAGGUAUUAAGAACUGUGUGCUCCAAGUCACAUGUAGGUAAAAAUUAUUCUCAAGUAUAGGCUAAGAUCUGGAUUCAUGCCAGCUCUGAGUAUCUUGGGAGGCAGAGAUUGUGUCAAAAUCUUAAUUUAAUUUAUAUUGUCAUUGUAUAGGUGAAGAUCUGCACGUUGUAUUUGGUUUUGAGAUUAUUCUAUUUCAAAAGUGUAUUAUCAUUUUAGAUCUGAACACCAUGGGAUACUUUUAGGUGUUUGUGUCUGUGUUGUGUUGGUGUAUUUCUUCUAUGUGUUUUUUUUUCCCAGUUUGUCACAUUCCAGCUGUUAUAUAGAAGGAAUAGGUCAGUGUUCAGAGUAAUUUCGUGAUUUUUCUGACAUGGAAAUGAAAAUUAUGGUGUUGAUGUAGUCAGAAAUAAUGAAUCUGUGAAGUGUGUUUUCUUACACUUUUGAAUGCUGCUAUGUGUUGUUAUUGUUUACUUGAAUAUUUUAUGUUGUAGAGACCUCAGGAGGUAUGUUGUCUUUACUGUUUUUAUUUCUUUUGUGUAUGCCUUUGCCCUGGUUUAGUCUCCCAUUUUUAAUAAUAAUAGAGCAAUUCACUGUAACCCAUUCUGCUGCUGGUGAAUAUCCUUUAUAAUGGUCAUAUUUUUGUCAAUCUUGUCUCCUUGUAAAGGAAUGUAAAGCGUUUUUUAUUAAUAAGAGGAGAUAUAAUAUCAGAUACUGUAGAUACACUCAAACAAUAAGUAAAUAGCUUACUUAAAAGUGUUGUAAUGCACAGCUUCAUGUGGGAAAUAAAUUGGCCCGUCUGUGUUUACAGUGAUUAUUUAAAUGCAGUAUAUACUGUAAUGCCUUGAAGUUAGACUUGUGUUGUGGGGUUUCAAUAUGGCCAUGAACACAGUAAUGAAUCUAAUGGUUUUCUUUGAUGGUUGUCUUGUUUUCUUUUUGUGAAGUACAAAACUUUUUUUAUUUUGUUUCCCCAACCCAAACUGCACCAACUACUGUAUAGUUUUCUGUGUGGCAAUUAAAAAAGAAAUUUAAUAAUGAAGUAAACCUUUGCUCAAAAGCUCCUUUUUUCUUACCUGAGAGCAAUUUCAUUUAUAGUGAUUUUGAAUUUUUAUUUUAUAAUCUGAAUUUCAAGAAAGAUGAAAAUAUUGAAAGUAAUAAUUUUUAGGGGCCACCAAAUAUUUUGCAUCAUGCAAAGAAUAUAUAUAUAUAUUGUACCGUAUAAAUUUUGUAAUUGAUAUUUGUAUGACAUUGUUAUGGACGUGAGUUUGUUUCACUGCUUGGAUCUGUACAUUGAUAG